GUGUUGACUUUAGCAAGCAUCCAGCGGCACCAAAGUUCAGACUGAAACAUUUUCCUCUGCCUUUCUUGCAAAAGCCUUUGUGAGCUUUCCCUUCGUCAACAGAAGAGGUAAGGGAUAUCAAUCAUCGUUUUUUUGGGGGGGAGGGGGCGGAUUAAAAAUAAAUAAAAUAAGCUCAAGUAUUUUUAGGGUGAAACCGGCACAGAGGGUUUGAUGGCCGCCACUCAAGGCAACCGAUUUGUCGUUCAAUCGGAUCGUGCCGUUGCCACGAACCAUCGGGUGACGAUGGAAUUCAACCGCUGGAUUUUUAUUUAUUGUUUUGAUGCUAACGCUGCCGGCUCAGCAUAACUUAGUGGGGGAAAAGACGAUGGAAACCACGAUCAAGGACAUCUCAUCUCAAGGACCCCGUUUCCAGUCAAACAAGAUGAUUUUCUUCUGGCGCUCAGCGGUCUUCUCCCUCACCAUCUCCUUGGUCUGGUGUGGCAUCAAGGAUCUUCACGGUCACUUUGAUCAGGUGGGCGAGGGGGCCCAGUCCCUCCAGGCUCGUGGCCUUCUCAGGAACGAAACCCUUCGGGUGACGAACCUGUCCCCCGAAUUCCAUCAAGAAAACACGGUGACCAACGACUUGAGCGUGGAAGAGGAGGAGGAGGAGGACUACCUGGACUUCGACAAGAUCUUAAGCGAAGAUGAUGACUACAUCGAUAUCAUCGACAGCAUUCCAGAUGCGAUUUCUUACGUCGACCAAGGAAAUGUGCUGGCUCUCUUUCGUGGGAAGACCAGAAUCCAACGCCUCAACAUCCUGAAUGCUUACUUUGGCUUCAACCUCUACCGAAGCAUUCGGGACCACGUCAACUCUUCCGAUAAUAUCUUCCUGGCUCCGGUUGGUAUCUCCACCGCCAUGGCCAUGCUUUCGUUGGGACUGAGAGGUCAAACCCUGGAGGAAGUCUUGGAUGUCCUAGGUUUUGAAGACUUUGUGAACGCCAGUUCCACGUACGACUACACGACGACUCACAACCUCUUCCACAAACUCACGCACCGGCUCUUCCGGAGAAAUUUUGGCUACACCCUCCGGUCGGUCAACGACCUCUACGUCCAAAGGCAGUUUUCCAUCCUGAGUGAGUUCAAGGACAAUAUGAAAAAAUACUAUUUUGCCGAGGCUCAGCUGGCUGAUUUCUCUGAUCCAACCUUCAUCAAGAACGCUAACGAGCGAAUCAUGAAGCUCACCAAGGGCUUAAUUAGAGACGCGCUCGUUAACAUACACCCUGAGACGCUCAUGAUGAUCCUCAACUGCUUAUACUUCAAAGGAACCUGGGAAAACAAGUUUCCGGUGGAGGCGACCCACAAACAGACCUUCCGGUUGAACGAGAAAGAGACGGUGAAGGUUCCUAUGAUGAAGAUCAAAGCCAGCUUCUUGGCCACCGAAGACAACGAGCUAGACUGCAGAGUGUUGCAACUGCCCUAUGUGGGGAAUAUCAGCAUGUUGAUUGUGUUGCCCUAUAAGCUGUCUGGCUUAAAGGUCCUGGAGAACCAAAUCAGCCCCCAGGUGGUCGAGAGAUGGCAGAAGAGCAUGACCAACAGAACCCGAGAAGUCGUGAUGCCCAGAUUUAAGCUGGAGAAGAGCUACGACUUGAUCGAAAAUCUGAAAGCAAUGGGGAUCGAGGAGCUGUUCACCCCGAGUGGCAACUACUCCGGCAUCUCAGAGGAAAAAAUCACCAUCAAUAAGUUCAACCAUCAAGGGACCAUCACGGUGAACGAAGAAGGGACCGAGGCUGCCUCUGUGACCACCGUGGGGUUUAUGCCCCUUUCAGCUCAAAUCCGCUUCGUCAUCGACCACCCGUUCCUCUUUCUGAUCUACGAACACCGCACCAGCUGCCUGCUCUUCAUGGGGAGAGUUUGCAACCCCAGCAAGCGCUAAGAUCGCAUCCGUGGGGGGACCAACUGCAUGUCGCAAACGUGGGGAUUUAUUUACCCUAUUCCUGGUUUUUAUAGGUAGAGCCUCAGGUGAAGCACAGCACAGCUUUCCCCAUACCCUCCCCCAAGCUGGUCCAGGUAGUCCUCGAUUUACGACCACAAUUUGAGCCCCACGUGUCUGUUGCUAAGCGAAACGUUUGUUAAGAGAGUUUUGCCCCGUUUUUUACGACCUUUCUUGCCACCGCUUGCAGUGGCUAAAUUAGCAACACGGUUGUGAACUGAAUCUCGAUUUCCCAUGGAUUUUGCUUGCCAGGAGGUCGCUAAAGGGGAUCGUGUGACACACACACACACACACACACAGGACAUUGCAACCGUCAUAAAUAGGAACCAGCUGCCAAGCACCUGAAUUUUGUUCAUGUGACCACGGGGAUUUUGCAACGGUCGUAAAGUGUGAAAAGCAGUCAGAAGUCACUUUUUCCCCAAUGCCGUUUUGUAACUUUGAACGAUCACUAAACAAACUGUUGAUAAGUCGAGAAUUACCUGCACCUGCCAGGUGUGCUAAGGUGGCCAACUCCAGAAAAGUGGCCUCAACACAUCUGGCAAAUGCCCUACUGGGGAAAGCGCGGGUUCCACUAAGGAUUGUGCAACGUUGCCUGAAUAAAAAUAUUACCGCAGAGGAUGAUUACAUGAGAAUUUGUACGCGCCACUGUUGCCCUAAAGGGUCUGAGGGGGUGGUUUCAUUUUGCUUUGUGUUUGCACAAGUGGCCCUCUUUAGGGCACCCCCCCAAAGCAUGCUGGAUUAAUUCUUUUCAAAGUAGGGGGCGCUUUUGGGUGCCACAAAUCUUUGGCAGAUGCAUAGUAUACACAAGAAUUCA